AUGGCUGUGCCCUCCAGAGUGGUCCACAAGAGGAGGGCCACCAUCACGGACCUGCCUCUGUACUACUGUGGACACCUGCUGAAGAAACACACUGAGGAGAAGGAUUAUAAGAAGUACUACGCAGAGCUCCGUGGAGCCACAUUGUUUCUGUAUAAAGACGACACUCAGGACACAUACACAGAAAAGCUGGAGCUGGAGAAGCUGAAGUCGAUGGAGUUAGAUGCUCCAUUUCAGAAGAAGACACCAGCUGUCUUCACUCUCAUCCUGCAAACAGAGAAGGUGAAGCUGAAGAUGGACAAUCCCGACACAGGAGAAGAGUGGAGGGGUUUCAUUUUGACGGUGGUCAGAAGGCAGAUCCCUGGUAAGCUGCAGCUGCUGCCUGGCCAGAUGAUGAUGCUGCAGGAGGCUCUGGAUCAGGAGAGAAAAAGAAAUCCCCCGUCUCCAUCUCCACGUCCUGCCCUCCCUCCUCGCCCAUCCUUCCUGCGCCCCCCUUCCCCUUCCCCCUCCCCCUCCCCCUCCCCCUCCCCCUCCUCCCCGCAGCCUUCAGACCAGCCUGACCACAGCAGCAUGCCUUUGUGCUUCUACAAUGUGACCCGGCAGGAAGCUGAGAGGAUGUUAGAGGAAAACCCAGAGUAUGGAGGCAUCAUCCUCCGCCCGGCCACCCAGCCCAACAAUUAUGCCCUGACCCUGAGACAGGUCACAUCCAGUGGGCCUGUCAUGAAGAACUACAGAGUGACUUCCACAAAAAAAUCAGGCUUUGUCAUUGAGCUUGAUAAACCAGUGACAGUAUCCUCUUUAAAUGAUGUGCUUAAAUACUUCCUGGAAAAGACAGAUUAUCGCCUUCAACCCUACAUGACAUCUCAGCCCUACGACCUUCACAUUGAGAUGUCUUCUGCUCCUAAAUGUGUCACCAUCUCUUCACCAUCACCAAAAACUGUACCCAAGGCAAAAGUGUCACCUAUGAUGCGGUGGGAGGGCAAAGACGCCCCUGAGUCUCCACCAGAUAAGGCGGCGGAGAGUGAAUAUUUGGUUCCUGAUGAGCACUGGCCUGUUGAUCACAGUCUAAAGCUUGUUCAACUGGACGGUCAACUUCAGGAGAUUUUAAAGUUUCGGAGGGAAGCCAUCUCCAACAGUGAGAGCAAAACCACCUAUGAAAACACAAUCUCUGCGGAAUACAACGAAACAAUAUGACAUGUGUGGAUCUUUAGGAAAAAAGUCGACAAAUUAAAAAGGU